GGCAACGUCGCAUUAGAUGUCAACAAAAAGGUAAACAAUAAUUUCGUUAGAAGUCAUCAACACACAUCAAGAAUUCUAAAACCCGACAGCCAAAAAUUCCAGAUUCUUCAUGCCAUCGCUAAUGAAAGAAAUGAACACCAGUAGUGAUAACCAGAAUCCUGCGAAGCCAAAGCCAAAAGCGACGCGUCCCAAACCAGUCUACUUGUGGACAACAUCCGAUGUUCAAAAGUGGUUCAGACGUCAUUGUAGUGAUUUUUAUACAGUCUAUAGUGAUUUGAUGAUUCAGAAUGGGAUAUGCGGAAGAGCAUUGUUGAGGAUGAAUGAUAUCUCGCUGGAAAGGCUAGGCAUACACAAUGCAGAGCAUAGAGAAGAAAUCUGGCGUCAAAUUACAAAACUUCGGCUCAAAGCUGACAUUUUAGAAAUGAAAGAUAUGGAAAUACGUUGUAAACUGAACCAAUGAACAUUAGGCCUAAUAUUCAGUCAACAGUUAGGUUUUCCCAUAUAACAAUUAACUAUGAGGUUUGAUUUUAAACUAAAUUUGGUCAGGAAGUCUUUCAUUUACAAUGUUUUCUGUUCAACCGAUCGUAUUUCCAUACUUUGUUUUUAAUAAAUGUAUAAAGUUUCUAAAUAUUUGGAAUUAAAACAAACCUGGAUUUUUUUUAA